AUGAACCUCUCUCUCUUCUCUCUCGCUUCCUUUGUCCACGCUGUACUUGCUGGAACGUUCGGCAUCUCAGAUUCUUACGAGGGCGAGGACUUCAUUAACGACUGGAACUGCAUGGCGAUCGACGAUCCCAAUCAUGGCACCGUCAACUAUGUGAGCCAGUCAACGGCUAUCUCGCAAGGUCUUGUCUUCUCUUCAGGUAGCAACUUCACGCUCCGUGCAGACGACACGAACGUCGUGAGCACGAGCUCAUCGGGCAGGAGUUCGGUCAGAAUCCAGUCUCCUCACGCUUACAACUCGCAUGUCACGGUCAUCAACCUCGAACAUAUGCCCAAGGGAUGCGGUACCUGGCCCGCGAUCUGGGAGGUAGGCCCGUCAUGGCCGUUCGACGGAGAAGUCGACAUCGUGGAAGGCUCGAACGAUAUCGUAAAACCCAACCAGGCGACACUUCACACUGGCCCCGGAUGCACCAUCCCGACCUCGGGUGAUUUCUCGGGUUCCGUCAUCACGACCGACUGCGAUAGCUCGAACGACGUAAACAAUAACAUUGGGUGUGCUAUCAAGUUCUCAGCGCCAAAUAGCUACGGGCAUGACUUCAACCUCAACCAGGGAGGCUUCUUCGCGAGCGAGCGCUCAACUACAGAAGUAAAGGUGUGGUUCUGGGCUCGCAACGCGAACAACAUCCCAAGCGACGUGCUACAAGGCUCGAACACGAUCGACACCGACAACUGGGGCAAACCGCAGGCGUUCUUCCCUGACACGCAAUGCGACAUCGGAAGCCACUUCUCGAACAACAACAUCAUAAUCAACUUGAACUUCUGCGGAGAUCUGGCAGCUAACACGUAUGCGGCAUCGGGUUGCCCUGGUACUUGCGACAACUUCGUGAGGAACAACCCGGCGGCGAUGAAUAACGCCUACUUCAACAUCAUGUGGCUCAAGGUCUACGAGUAG